CCGACAAAGGAACGCGCAUCGUUAAGUUUUAGAAUAAUGAGAUGGUUUAACCUACUUGAUUAUUCUUAUGCUCCUAUCAUUAUCCUAGUUAGAUGAUGCUAUUGUUUAACCUUUGAAUCCCUUUUAACAAAGCUUAAUUUUUUAUAAUACCAACCCAUCUCCAAAUAAUAAAACUAUUAUUCAACCGUUCCACCUACAAGAAAAAAAAAGGCGACGAACCCCUUACCGAAUUUCACAUAGAUUUAAUUUACAUUACUCCCGACAACAGAAGUAUAGGACCCGGUAUGGGUCUUGGUGGAGGACAAUAUGCAACAACGAAGAGAUGAGAUUCUAGCAAAGAAAGCAAAGCUCGCCGAGCUUAAGCGCCAACGAGAAUUACGAGCAAACCAAGCUUCUGUUGCUAGAACCAGCAUAGGCGGAACCAGCGACCUCAUCUCCCCCACUCCGGGUCGCGACAAUCGGAAGGUCAUCGAGUCCUUGAUUAACAGUCUAGUGGGCGAUAGUAGACCGGCCUCUUCUACAACAGGCGCAGCAUCCCCCGGGUUUCGAGGAAGCCGACCCAACAGCGUACUUAGCGCCGAUGACCUGAGCGGUGAACAUUCUGAAUAUGCUUCGCAAGCAAAUGGGCAGGCUGCCUCCUUGCCACCUCAGAUCCCCCAAGUCCUAACGACCGUGCCUCUUCAAACGAUCUUCGAAUGCCCGCCGUCUCCCGUUAAAGAAAUAUUCUCCUACAGUAAGGGUGUACAGACAACAGAUGAUUGGACGCCACCUACUACACGGCCGCGAGCCUUCUCCGACCUAGAAGAUGAAGAACUUCCUCCCACAUCCACUCCCACCAAGCGGUUGAGCAAGUGGAAACGGGAUAGAGAAGAAGAAUUGCGCCAGAAUCUACGGCUAGAAAUCGAGGAGGAACUGAAGGCUGCUCGCGAAUUAAUCGCUACCGACGGACCGGUACAAACAAAUUCUGUUGUCACUUCGAAUUUCCCGGCGAGAGCGUUAAGUAACGAGGAACUAUCGGCCGUCGUAGCCUCCGAUGAUUUUGUGGAUUUCGUUGAGCGUUCUACCAAGGUCAUCGAGCGAGCACUCGAUAUUAGCAACGAGUAUGAUAUUUUGACGGAUUAUUCACUUCAGGCUCAUGAUAUCGAAGACGAGGACGAGCAGGCCGGAAACACAGGCGGAAAGGGUCGGCGAAGGGUCAAGGAGGUUGUGCAGUUCUACGAUGAACGAUGGUCCAAGAAACGGAUGAUUAGUAGUAUUGACUUCUCACCGAAAUUCCCCGAGCUUUUGCUCGCUGCAUACACCAAAAACCCAUCCGCUCCUCACGAUCCGGACGGCAUUGUACAAGUGUGGAAUCAACAUCUCCACGACCGACCCGAGUUCCUCUUCCAUGCGCAAUCCGAUAUCCUUACCGCUAAAUUCUCACCCUUCCACCCCAACUUAAUCAUAGGAGGCACAUAUUCCGGACAAGUCCUCCUUUGGGACACGAGAGCUAAAUCCUCUCCCAUACAAAAGACGCCAUUGACGGGAUCGGGUCACUCACAUCCCGUCUACUCAGUUGACAUUGUCGGCACGCAGAACGCGAACAACAUCAUUUCAAUUUCUACCGACGGCGCUUUCUGCGUAUGGAGUGUCGACAUGUUAUCCCAACCCCAAGAAUCCCUUACUCUCACCACACCACCUCCCAACAAAUUUGAAGACCUAGCUCCGACCACAAUGGCCUUCCCUCAAGCGGAUCCGACAUAUUUCCUUGUCGGCUCAGAAGAAGGUCCAAUCUACCCAUGCCAUCGAUACGAUCGCGCCGGCGCAAAAGCCGGUGUUGACUCGCGCGUCUCAUAUAAGGGUCAUGCUGCUCCCGUCAUGAGCGUUGACUUCCACCCCGCACGUGGUCCUGUCGAUCUAGGCGACCUCGUCCUAUCCUCAUCAUUGGAUUGGUCCGUGAAGCUAUGGAAGGUGCGCGCGCCAGCGGCGACUAGCACUAUCGUCGAGAGCGCAGGCACCGCCGUAGCACCACUCCUCGAGUUCGUUCGCGAGGAUGUAGUUUACGACGCAGCAUGGUCGCCCGCGCGUCCAGGUGUAUUUGCUCUCGUCGACGGAGCCGGCUCGCUCGAGCUUUGGGAUCUUACUGUUGAGACUGAGAUCCCGGUCGCGAGAAUCGCGCCUACACCACGAAAAGAUGGGAGACAACUAUUAAGCCGCAGUUUGAAUAAAAUUGCGUGGGAGCCGAGUGAGGGUAAGAGGCUAGCUACGGGAGGUAUCGAUGCUUCGGUUACUGUGUUUGAAGUUGGUCCCGAUCUAGGCGGCAGGGAAUCCGCGCGUGCGGAGGAGUGGACAAGUGUGAAGAAGUUGGUCGCUAGGCUUGAGGCCGUUAGUGGUGGUGUUGCUGCUUUCGUUUAAGAACUUCUCACAUCUGAAAGUUUUGAAGUUUUGGCGCGCGGAUUCCAUUUCUCGGUAUCCCGUUUAGAGGUUGGGAGCAGCUAUUUUACGUGCCUACCCACCCACCUAGUAUGUAUUUAUACCCAGUCUAAGAAUAGUGGCAUUGAUCGAUGUGAUGAAAAUGGGAGAUGAGGCACUGCGUGGUGUGGUGUUUGGCGCCCUAUCUAGGAGAGGGGAGGAGGAGGGGUUACGUAGGAUACGAUACGAUACCUCGAUAUUUUCUUGACUGGAUGGAUUUUGAAAUCGAUUGAUUAUGCUAGUAGCAGCUUUAGCUAGAUAAAUAAUCGAUUAUAAAUAUGAGAAUAACUUAAGAAUACGGAUUUAUAUGAAGUGGUUAAUAAUGUUAGCUAAUCCCUUGUUAAUUACAUCACAUAGCACAGCGUCGUGAUACCUACGCAC